CUCUCACCUCAUCACUGCCAAAUGCACACCAUCUCCACCAGCAGGUAAUCAUAAUGCAUCGCCAGACGAGAAGCAGCAGUCGGUUGUGCUCUCAUGAUUGACUAUUUCAGUAUCCGCCAUGUCCAGUAUGUACCUCUCAACAACGACUGGCCUGGGCUGAGACGCCCACGCCGCUGCUUUCGCCAGGUUGGCGCUUCGAUCGCCUCAUGUCCGUUUCAUGUCCCACCCACCACUUAUGCCCCUACGGUUGCCGCCCUUCCGGCUUUGUCUUCGAUUCUGCAUCUCCUGCUUUCUUUCUCUCCACCACUUUUCCUUGCAGAAACGUCAAUUUCCCAUCCUCUAUAUGCCCAUAGUAUCCACCGUGCCCUGAUUCUCCUCCUCCUCGCCCCCUUUCGAGCCCGGAGCCCUCGUUUGCGUCUCUGUUCAUGAUUCUGCUUUCUGCAUGGCCACUCCUCAAGGGUCCAUCACCACCGUGAACGGCCGGCGAUGCACUCGCACCCGCGUCCGCACACUGGUCACGACCACUUUCUCAACCGAUCUCGCGCAAGCCACGUCAACUCAAGCACCCUCUCAGGACGUCCCCGCCGUGGAGGAAGACGCUCAGCAAGUACAGCAAGAACAACAAGUUCAACAAGUACAACAACCACAGACGACCCAAGCUGCUGCCCCCUCUCCACCGCCAGCAUCCACAAUCGAACCACCGCCGCCCCCUCCCCCAACAGCCGCCCAGGAGGCUGCACAGGAAGCUGCAACAAGUCCAACGGCGACUCCUUCUCCCGCCACGAGCCCACGCCCUGCACCACUUGCAAAUGUUGCCCCAACCCCGCCCGCCGCUAACGCACCAGUUCCUGUAGCAGUCGAGAGUGAUCCCGAUGCCAGCGACACUGAGGCUGCUGCUAUACCGCCCGUCUCUACGGGACGUCCACCUCUUUCAUCAUCUGGUCUUACCACUUCCUUGACGACGCCCCCUCCCCCGACGCAGCUGUCCUCUACCGUGCCACUACCAUCCGGUCCGGCCCAACCCUCCAUCGAUCAAGGCUCAGGAGAGCCCGAGCAGCCGACCGAAACCAACGUAGGACCGGCUCCCACUUCGAUGUCUAUGCCAGCAGGGCCUGAUGGAAUCAUUGGACCAGAGCAGGAUAGUGGACAGGGCUCUCCCUUCUCCAUCUCACGAGGCAUUGAAAAUGUCGGCGGCAUUGUGGGGGGUGCUGUGGGUGCCUUUGCAGGUGUGGUGCUCAUCACCGUUCUUCUUUUUCUAUGUCUCCGGAAACGCAAGUCGAGGAGUACGUUUGGGAGAUGGCAGCAACGUAUCAGUGAUGAGAAAGAUGAAAGGCCUCGCUUCGCGGCAAAGCUCACGGCGUCCACGUGCGGAUGGAGAACUAAAGCGGCGGGUGUCUUUGCGAAACUUGGAAAGAAGAGGCCUGAUUCCAUUCAGAGUCCUCUGAAUCCGCAGAGUGUGCGCAGCAGUAUCAGCAGCGUCUACGCCACGCGGCCCAAUCGCAGGAGCCAGUCCAUGAGCGAACCGCCUUCCAAGUUCCGACAACAACUACGCAACAUGGGUCAAAGAUUCGGUGACCGUAUGCCCAGUCUGAAAAGAUCUAGGACUCUAUUGCAGAAGCGACAGGACAGCUUGGUCGUCGGGGCGAAAUCUCCAUUCCCAGGAAUCGUCGACGACCCUGUCCUUCGGAGCGGCAAUGGUACCGCCAACCCCUUUGCAGACCCAGGUCCUCUUGAACCUCCGCGAUCUCUGCACGUUCUCAACCCUGAUCCCAAUUCAAGGGAAACCACCCCUCGGCUGCCGCGGAACCUGGACGGACUACAGGAACAGCAAAGGCCCCCAAUCACCCCAAAAGCGGCGACUCUGUCAAAUCGAGGAUCGAACGACCCUUUUGCUUCAAUCUUGGACGGAUUGGAGGAUCGGAAAGGCAACAGUACUCCAGAGUGGCACCGCUAUUCGGUACAUAAGAGGACACAAAGCGCCAUGGCCCUGCGUUCGCAUCCCCCCUCCAGGUACUCUGCCUCAAUAUACACUACAGCUGAGAAUCCCUUCUGGGAUCCUUCAGACGCACAGCCCGUGCUCCAACAACCGCUACCGCCUGAUCCACCCAAGCGUCCCAUGAACGCCUAUACCGCCGGCUUGCCUACUUUCGAUGCAACCUCAAGCAACGCAUCACGCGAAUCGACUGGGUCCUUCUUUUUCGGCGAACCGGGCCCUAGCAGACCAACCACCGACUUGUUCUCCGAAGUAUCUACAGUGUCUGCAGUACCGAGAGUUGGGCGCCAGUCGGAUCCGUUUGAUUUGGAUCGGCCAGAAGUCCUCGGCUUCGGCCGUGUGGGAGGGCGGCAAGUUCGUGCAAGCGUGACAAGAAGCAACUCGCGAACAAAGCGAACAAGCAGUGUCCCCAACUGGGUCAACGUCGACGAUGGGCCGUACGAUAGAGCAAGCGCAGUUCCUGGCCCAUUGAGGAAUCCAAGCAUCAAAAGGUGACGAUGGUGACGGCAGAACCGGGGGCUAGUCCCUCAGCCAAACCAUACAUUCUGCAUCCGCGCAAGUUGCAUAACUGCACAAGUUGCGCUGGCCCUCAGAUUUUAGAUAAUCUUUGCAAACGGCCGCCUGGGGUAACGAUGGCUGGAAGUAUUCCGCGGAUCCAUCGUGCGCGGCCCUUACAUGUUACGAGGGACGAUUGACCUAUGCUGCAUCUUUUCUUCUUCAUAUCUAUCUGUGUCUAUUAAAUGACCCCUUUGAGCGUUUCCUUUCUGGCUGCUUGACCCUGCCUUCACCUUUGCUGUACCAUAUAUAUUUGCACUUGCUCGGCGCGUCUGCUAGCGAGUUACCCAAUUAGAAUACCCCCGGUCAUCCAGACGCUCGCUUUUGAAAUC